AUGAUUUAUGUUCAAUGGGAUGAGGGAGAGGAAUGUCUUCUCCUGGACCACUAUGAUUUCAGGGCAUGCAAAAAACGGCAAGUGCAAGCAAGCAUUGAAUUUGUUCGAUCAAACGAGGAGAGCCCAUGUGGAAUUGGACCAGGUGGUAUUAGUGGCAGCCUUGACAGCAUGUGCAGAACUUUUGGGGGAUUUGAUGUUAGGGAGGUGGAUUCACUCGUAUAUUCAAAAGACCUUUGUUGGUUCAAACCAGCGGGUGUCGGUUUCUUUGAACAAUGCACUUAUAUACACGUGUAUGCUAGCUGCGGUAUGAUUGAAGAAGCAUAUGAAAUAUUUCGUUGGAUGCCAGAGAAAAAUACUAUUUCUUGGACAAGCUUGAUCACUGCUUUUGCAAAACGGGGCUAUGCACAAGAGGCCCUCCAAGUAUUUCAUUUAAUGCAAACUGUGGGCACUAUGGAAGAAAGGCCCGAUGCCAUAACCUUCAUUGCGGUUCUUUCUGCGUGCAGUCAUGCUGGACUUGACAUGAUCCAGUGUUGGCGUAUUAAGCCUAGGAUUGAGCACUAUGGGUGCGUGGUUGAUUUAUUGAGUCGUGCUGGUUUCUUGGAUGAGGCAAGAGAUCUCAUAGAAACCAUGCCUAAAAAACCAAAUGAUGCUGUUUGGGGUGCCCUACUUGGCGGUUGCAGAAUUCAUAGCAAUUCUGAGCUUGCUUCCCAUGUGUCUCAAAAAUUAAUGGUGGAGCGUGACUCUGACAAAGCUGCUCGUUACCUUUCGCAUUUGGCACAUGUGUCUGGAACUGCUGAAAAGUGGCAGGAUGCUGCUACCGUGAGAGAGAAGAUGGUUUCGAUCGGUGCAAAAACGCAUGCUGGUCGAAGUUGGAUUCAAAUAAACGAAGGGAUUCGUGAUUUUGUGGCCAAUGAUAGGACUCAUAAAAAUGCGUCUUCAAUCUAUGAGAUGCUUAGAAUGAUCACCUGGCAAGCAAAGUUGGAAGGCUAUAAACCAGACAUAUCAAAGGUGUUACAAAGAAGGUCUCAAUCAACAAAUUUGUAA